UAAAGGAGACUCUUAGCAACCACCCCAUGUCCUGGAAAUGGAGCCAACAAAGCACUUGGGUGACAUUAACAAACCAAUAUACGCUGAGGUUGUACAAGGUGAUAUCAGAAAGAGGGGAGAAGGACACAUGAAUAGAAGAUGUGAGAGAAGAACAAGGCAGAGGAAUGGAAGCAAAGACAUCAGCACCUAUGAAGGCCAGCAGAGGGAAUGGCAACCAAAGCAACAGCACCAGCACUGGUCCGGUAUAGAGCUGAAUUUUGAUCAAGGAGAAUAUGCAUGGUUGAAAAAGUGUUUUGUUGGUAAAGUACAUUCAGUAAACUUGAUCCCUAACCUGCAAGAAAAAUUCUUCUUGGAAGGAGUUUUCUAUUGCAAGAUCACACCUAUGGAAGGCAGAUUAGUGCUAUUAGAAGGCAAAGAGUAUGAGGAUUUGAAGGAACUGGUUGAUAGGGGAAAAGACUGGAUGGGGCAGCGGUUUGAAGAGGGGCUACCAGUGCAUGCUUGGAAAUUUGAGACUUUCCAAACCUUUGGAAGGUUAUGGGGAAAUCUUAUAUCCCUAGACGAUAGCACAAGCAGCAAGAAGAGAUUUGACGCUGCAAGAUUCCUAAUCUCUACUCCAUCUUCAGAGUCAAUCUCCAAGUCUAUCACAGUAAAGAUUAAUGGCGAGUUCUUCAUAUUGAAGUUCACAGAGGAAGAGUCAACUAAUUCACUCUUCACCAUGAGGUCGGAUAGGGUAUUCCAUGCUCCAAAAGAAGAAGAAGAUGAAGAAAGCAGUUCCUUAGAAAGCCAGUAUGAGUUAGAUUCAGUCAAAAACAUGGAUCUCUUAGAGCAUGAUGAGUGUCAGAUAUCGGGCGAUGAAGACGGUGGUGGCAAGGAGGCCACGGAGGAUGAACUAGCAAUCCAGAAUGUUGUCGCCAGUGGCAGGAGGUUGACAGAGGAUGAUCUUGCAGCACAGCUUGAUGAGGAUCAAAACAAGAUCGAGGUGACAAGACAUGAUGAUGAGGUGGCCAGCUACAGCAAGAAGUUGGAAGGCACUAGACGAAAGGUGGGUGAGAUAGUUUUUACCAAUACCGAGGUGGUUGAGGAAACAAUGGGUAUGGGUGAAUCCAAGAAGGGAUUUCAGAAUCCAAAUUCAAAUUCAAAAAAUCUAGAAGAGGGGGAUACAAGAAAGAUUAUGGAGGAUCUAAAAAUGACGGCUAAUAAAGCUGGUCAAGGAAAUUUGGAAAAUGAUAGCCAACUCAGUACCAAUGCAGAGAAGGGGAGCCUCGGCAAGUCUAAUCAAAAAAGAAAAAAUACAACAAAAGAAGGAAGUAGAAGUAGUGGAUCAGAGGAAGAAUAUGACAGAGAUUUAGCUGAUGGGCCACCAACAAAAGAAAUGGGCCUACAAGAGGAGAUGGGGCGAAGGGUGGUUGAUCCACAUAAGCCACCACUUGCAGGCCCAGCAGUGCAGACGGAGAAAACUAAUAGCAGGCCAAAAAUAAAAAUCAGACAAACUGUCUCCUCUUUUUGGGAUGACCUCGAUAGUGAUCUUGAUAUCCCUGCACCUUGGAUGAACAGCAAUGAUGGGUAUGGGAGAAGAAAAAAGAAGAGAAAAGCGAAGUCCUGUGCCUCGGUCUACAGGAAAACAGGGGGACUAGAAGGCAUCCUUGUUCAGCAAAAUCCAGGGCAGAGAAACGCAUCAAUGAAAGCAAAAAAGGAAAUUCUGUUCGAAAAAAACUUAGAGAAACCGGUUGCAGAUGACUCGAUCAAUGACAGCAACAUCCAAAAUCGGAACAGAAGCAUUGAAAUGAGAAGCAAAAAAAGGAACACGGAAGCUUUAUGGUCCCGAAUCAAAGAGAUGGGGGUAACGGCACAAGGAGAGGAAUCAGUGGUGGUACAGAAAUUAAAAGAAAUGGAAAGCUGUGACAAGGAAAAAUGGAGGAAAGAGGAAGAAAAGAAACACAGAAAAGGAGAUCAGGGGACUUGGGGAGAAGAAAAUACUCCUUGUUAUUUGGUAAAUAUCUACUCUCCUUGUGAUUUGGUUGCUAAGAGAUCCUUAUGGGAGAACCUGUCCAAUACAAUCUCCUCUCAUAAAGAGGAUGGAUGGAAGUGGCCAGUUUUAGAUGAAGUGGGUUUUAACAAAAUUUCCGAAGCUGAUAAGGAGCUCUUAACAGAACCAUUCCUUGAAUCAGAGGUCAAAGCGGCAGUUUGGAAUUGUGAUAGUGCAAAGGCUCUAGGCCUAGAUGGUUUCAGCUUUGGGUUCUUGAAAGCAGAAUGGGAAGUGAUCAAAGAGGACAUUCUAAAGUUUCUGGCAGAUUUCCAUAGUAACAGCAGAUUGGUGAGAGGCUCUAACCCAUCAUUUAUGGUGCUGAUACUAAAAAAGGAGAAUCCACAAGGAAUCGAUGAGUACAGACCUAUAUCCUUGAUAGGCUGUAUGUACAAAAUCCUUGCUAAAAUCUUAGCCAACAGAUUGAGUAAGGUCAUGGAUGGGCUCAUAGGUGAUCAACAAUCAGCAUUCAUCAGAGGGAGACAACUAGUUGAUCGAGCAGUCAUUGCAAAUGAAACGAUUGACGAGAUUAGAAGAAAAAAAGUGAGAUGCUUCCUUUUUAAGGUCGACUUUGAGAAGGCAUAUGACAAUAUCAGCUGGGAGUUUUUGGAUAACAUGCUGGAGAGAAUGAAUUUCGGGUCCAUUUGGAAGGGAUAGAUCCAAGAAUGCCUCCGAUCAAACUCGGUCUCAGUUUUACUCAACGGUAGUCCAACAAAGUGUUGACUCAAUG